AUGACUCGAGAUUACAGCAUCGAACUGAGACUUGCCCCCAGCAUUGAUGAGGCUAGACAUGCCUACAUGGACCUGCGGGCAUUGCUGAAACCACCCCGUUCAGAUGGAGUUGGUUAUAAGGACCCACCGAAGUUAAAUACUGUCCUAAAAGAAAGGUUAGAGCGGAUGCGGGACUUCUUGUGGUUAUACACAAAUAUCACGGAGAGUGACAGUGGGCCAUGUCCGGCAAAUCCAGUUGAUCAAGUGGCAUGCAAUACUGGAAAAGCACAUGGCACAUACCUUUCUCGGUGCUUGCGAAGCUGGAGCAAGGCUUAUAUCAAGGACUGUAAUGCAUUUCCAAUCCACAGGAAGCCUCGAAAACUUUCAUGCAUUUAUGACGAGUCCCUCGCUGCAGAUUUGAAGCUCCACCUUCAGAGUGUCGGGAAAUAUGUGCGUGCACAGGAUCUCAUUGACUACCUGAAUGUUCCUGAAAAUCAGGCACAUCAUGGUUUCACAAAAAUGAUCUCACCACGGACAGCUCAACGAUGGAUGAAUCACCUUGGUUACUGCUGGAAGAAAGAACCAAAGGGGCAGUAUUCUGAUGGACAUGAGCAGGAAGAUGUUGUCUAUUUUCGGCAAAAUGUUUUUCUGCCAGCGUGGAAUCAUUACCAGACACGGAUGACAAAGUGGAACCAGGAGGGAGACAUUACUGUUGAGGACAUUGAGACCAAUGGUACAACUCUGUCAAGUUGUUGGGUCAUAAUGUGGUUUCAUGAUGAGUUGACCUUUUAUGCCCAUGAUCGACGGAAACAAAGAUGGGUGCAUAGUUCCAAAGGUGCAAUCCCUCAACCGAAAGGGGAAGGAGUGUCAUUGAUGGUUGCCGAUUUCGUCUCGGCAGACUAUGGGUGGCUCCGCUCUCCAGAUGGUGAGGAGAGUUCUUGA